CUUGGCUGGCCAGGUGUCUCUUCUCCCUUCCCCGCCUCCAGACCAUGGAGGGCUCCUUCGUGCAGCACAGCGUGAGGGUCCUGCAGGAGCUCAACAAGCAGCGAGAGAAGGGCCAGUACUGCGAUGCCACCCUGGAUGUGGGAGGCCUGGUAUUUAAAGCACACUGGAGUGUCCUGGCCUGCUGCAGCCACUUCUUCCAGAGCCUCGACGGGGACGACUCAGGGGGCAGUGUUGUCCUUCCUGCAGGUUUCACUGAGAUUUUUGGCCUCUUGCUGGACUUUUUCUACACUGGUCACCUUGCCCUCACUUCUGGGAACCGAGAUCAAGUGCUCCUGGCAGCCAGGGAGUUGCGAGUGCCAGAAGCCGUGGAGCUGUGCCAGAACUUCAAGCCCCCGCACUCUGUGGGACAGGCCUCAAGUGACCAGAAGGGCCUGGGGCAAACAACCUCCCAGGAUGGGAGAAGCUGCCUCAAGGAGCCAGUGGGCCUGGAAGAAGAGGAAGUUCCUAGGACUUUGGGUCAAGCCUCCCAGGGUCAGGAGCCCAGCAACACUCACAGCCCUCAGAAGCCCCCAUUGGGCCUCUUGACUCAGAGUGACAGCCCCUCCUCCUUCCAUGGGAAAUUCAAGCCCACCCUGAAGCUUGGUCCCCCAGAGGACAAGGAGCCUGAGGACUGCAAAGUGCCCCCGCGGCCCCUCCAGGCUGAAGGUGCCCAGCUGCAGGGUGGGAGUCAUGAGUGGGAAGUGGUGGUCCAAGUUGAGGAUAAUGGAGAAGCCCAUUAUGUGUCUGAGCCUGAGACUGUACCUGCCAAGACGAAGUCCAACGUAAUUACAAAAGUCUGUGCAGCUGAGCCAGCCCUGGGCUCCAGCUUCCCAGUGGCCGAGCCCGCCGAGAACAGGAGAGGCACAGUAGGGCCCGUUGAGUGCCCCACUUGUCACAAAAAGUUCCUCAGCAAAUACUACCUAAAAGUGCACAACAGGAAGCACACCGGGGAGAAACCCUUCGAGUGUCUCAAAUGUGGGAAGUGCUACUUCCGGAAGGAGAAUCUCUUGGAGCAUGAAGCCCGGAACUGCAUGAACCGCUCGGAACAGGUCUUCACGUGCUCUGUGUGUCAGGAGACCUUCCGUCGGAGGAUGGAGCUGCGGUUGCACAUGGUGUCCCACACCGGGGAGAUGCCCUACAAGUGUUCUUCCUGCUCCCAGCAGUUCAUGCAGAAGAAAGACUUACAGAGCCACAUGAUCAAGCUACAUGGAGCUCCCAAGCCCCAUGCUUGCCCCACCUGUGCCAAGUGCUUCUUGUCUCGGACGGAGCUGCAGUUGCACGAGGCCUUCAAGCACCGCGGUGAAAAGUUAUUCGUGUGCGAGGAGUGUGGGCACCGGGCCUCCAGCCGCAAUGGCCUGCAGAUGCACAUUAAGGCCAAGCACAGGAAUGAGAGGCCAUACGUCUGUGAGUUCUGUAGUCAUGCCUUCACCCAGAAGGCCAACCUCAACAUGCACCUGCGCACGCACACAGGCGAGAAGCCCUUUCAGUGCCACCUCUGUGGCAAGACCUUCCGAACCCAAGCCAGCCUGGACAAGCACAACCGCACCCACACCGGCGAGAGGCCCUUCAGCUGCGAGUUCUGUGAGCAGCGCUUCACCGAGAAGGGGCCCCUCCUGAGGCACGUUGCCAGUCGCCACCAGGAAGGCCGACCCCACUUCUGCCAGAUCUGUGGGAAGACCUUCAAAGCUGUGGAGCAGCUACGCGUGCAUGUCAGGAGGCACAAAGGAGUGAGGAAGUUCGAGUGUACUGAGUGUGGCUACAAGUUCACUCGGCAGGCCCACCUGCGGAGACACAUGGAGAUCCACGACCGCGUAGAGAACUACAAUCCACGGCAGCGCAAGCUGCGGAACCUGAUCAUUGAGGACGAGAAGGUGGUGGUAGUAGCGCUCCAGCCACCUGCCGAGCUAGAGGUGGGCUCUGCGGAGGUGAUCGUGGAGUCUCUGAGCCAGGGCAGCCUGGCGUCCCAGCUCCCUGGCCAGAGACUGUGUACAGAUGAGAACUUCACUGGCUCAGGUGUUAUGGGACCCUCACUCAUCAUCACAGCCACCAUCCCUGAGGACUGUGGCCCCAGCCCCCAAUAA